CCCCCCGCCCGGCCAUGGCGGCCGUCGCCCCCCCGCAGCCCCUCAAGGCCGAGCCGCUCUGCGACCCCGCGACUGAGAGUGGCCUGGGCACCAGGCUGUCAGCGCUGCUGCCCCACAGCGCGCGGCAGUGGGUCGAGGCAGGCUGGGCCGGACUGCGGCCGUGGGGCUCCUUUCUGGACCAGCGGCGCUUUGGGGUCCCCCGAGAUGUGGGGGAGCUGGGCCGGCGCCUCGGCCGCAACGGCCGCCACUUCCAGAGCAACUACUGCGCCGUGGGGCUGGCGCUGGGGCUCUACUGCCUCGUCACCUCCCCACUGCUGCUCCUGGCGCUCGGCGUCUUCUUCGGGGUGAGCUACGGCGUGCGGCUGCGGGCCCAGCGCGGACCCCUGCUGCUACUGGGGCGGGAGCUGAGCCCGGUGCAGCAGCAGGCGCUGGCGGGGGGGGCCGCGCUCCCCCUCCUCUGGCUGGGGGGGGCGGGCGCCGCGCUCUUCUGGGUGCUGGGGGCGACGCUGGUGCUGAUUGGGGCACACGCGGCUCUGAGGGUCCCGGAGCCCCCCGAGAGCGAUGGGCCCCCCCCGCUGCAGAUGGAGCCCAUCUGAGACCUCCCCAAAAAAUACCCCCCCCCUCAAAA